ACAGACAUUUCUGUGCGAGAACGUAUUUGUAUUUGUUGACAACCCUGACUUAAUGGCCGAAACUAAGCAACAAGAUGAGACAACACGUAAAAAACAUAAGAAAUCAAAGAAACAUUCAAAGUCAUCAAAAGAGUCGGAUGGUGAAGACGACUUCAAGAAAGUCAGCACUUUGAAACGUAAACAAACUGAACUAGCACGUGUACUUCAACUCAAAUGUGAUAUACUGGUCCAGGGUAAUCUAUCUUACUUGGAAUAUAUUGAAUUGAGGGAAGAGCUGUGGCGUCUCAAUGCACUGAAGGAAACAUUUGCAAGACAGGCUGCUAAUUUUGAAAAGCGUUGACCAAAUAAAAAAGUGCUUUAAGGGGCAAUUAUUCAGUGCUCUUUCAACUGUGGUGAACUUUUUAAAUUGAGUUUUAGCCUGCAAAAUUAGGCAUUUAAACAUAAACCAGUUAAAUUUGCGCUGAAAGCCUAUCCCUUAGUUGUAAGUGUCUCUCUAUUCUUUCCGUAGAAUUGUAAAGUCUUCUAAAAUGUUAUAUUUUUGAUAAGCUCAUGAUUUUAUUGCAAACCGGUUCUAAUUUAAUAACAAGGUUAAUGAUUUCAAAGAUAAA